CUAGGUAGACCAAGAGACAGACCUGCAAGGCCUCUCUCCUCUUUGGAAGCUACAAGACCUCUGUGUGCCUUUCCAAGUGCAUUCAUGUUUAGAGGGAAUUCAGGUUGGAAGUUGGGGGGUGGGUGGUAGUGGUGAGCUGCUGCUGUGCAGAUGGUGUCUCUAAUCUUCUGGCCAGAAUGGGAACUCCACAAAGGCAAGAGUAUCUCCUGUCUCUCUGGCAUCCCAGUAGGAGCAGGCCAGUGAUGGGCACAGAGGGACAUUCUGCAGACUGCUCCUGUGAGUGAGCAGGAUGAACCCUGCGCCACGUGUCAGGAGGAGAGGCGAUCUUACUUCCAGGGAGUAAGGGAGAAUGGGGAGAGUAAUUCAGAGAAUGCUGCCAAUGGGGGAGAUUUGGAGAAGCACAGGAACCCGGUGCUGGGAAGAGAAAUGGUGUGAGAUACUGGGACACAACUUCCUACUAGCAAUGGUCCCUCAACCAAGCCUGGAUGGUUCGCUUCCUGCUUGCGCAAGAUGUCUCACCAGAAGAAGCAGCCCACCCCCAUGCCUCCAAUGGGCUUCGGGAAGACCUCGGGCGGCGGCGGCGGCGGCGGCGGCGGCGGCGGCGGCGGCGGCGGCUCCGGCUGCGGAGGCUACUCCGGGGGCGGAGGCUGCUCCGGAGGCGGCGGAGGAGGCUCCGGAGGCUGCGGAGGAGGUUCCGGUGGAAGCGUCAAGUACUCCGGGGGCGGAGGCUGUUCCGGGGGCGGCGGCGGCUCCGGCUGCGGAGGCUACUCCGGCGGCGGCGGCUCCGGCUGCGGUGGCGGCGGCUCCGGAGGAGGUUCGGGUGGGAGCACCAAGUACUCCGGGGGCGGCGGCGGCUCCGGCUGCGGAGGCUACUCCGGCGGCGGCGGCGGCGGCGGCUCCGGCCAGCAGGUUCAGUGCCAGAGCUACGGAGGUGUCUCCGGCGGCGGCUCCGGCUGCGGAGGCUACUCCGGGGGCGGCGGCGGCUCCGGCUGCGGCGGCGGCUCCUCCUCCAGCGGCGGCUCCGGCUGCGGAGGCUACUCCGGCGGCGGCGGCGGCGGCGGCUCCGGCCAGCAGGUCCAGUGCCAGAGCUACGGAGGUGUCUCGGGCGGCGGCUCCGGCUGCGGCGGGGGCUCCUCGGGGGGCGGCUCCGGCUGCGGCGGCGGCUCCUCCGGGGGCGGCUCCGGCUGCUUCUCGUCGCAACAGACCCCCCAGACCUCGUGCACGCCCCAGCAGGGCUACGGAGGCGGCUCCUCCGGGGGCGGGGGCGGCGGGGGCUGCUUCUCCAGCGGCGGCGGCUGCGGCGGCGGCUCCUCCGGGUCCGGGGGCGGCGGGGGCUGCUUCUCCAGUUGCGGGGGCGGCGGCGGCGGCGGCUCCUCCGGGUCCGGGGCCGGCGGGGGCUGCUUCUCCAGUGGUGGGAGCAGCGGCUCCUCCGGGGGCGGCAAGGGCGUCCCGGUAUGCCACCAGACCCAGCAGAAGCAGGCGCCUACCUGGCCAGCCAAGUAAGGCCCGUUGGAAGCCGUGGAGAAGAAAGAGCUGCAGGUGUUCUCCGUGGGCGCCAGUGGCUUUAGCGCUCUCAUGAUAUUGCCCUGAGGUUCCCAAAUCCUACAGGUGUUAACACUGGAGCCAUUGAGUUCUGGGGCUGCAUCUUGUUCUGCAUUUUUUCCUCUUUGGUUUCUGUACAACUACCUCCCAACCCCGGUACAUCCUCAGUCAAUAAAUUUGCAAUUCAUGAGAA